AUGGAUGUCAGGCAACUGCUCGCCAAGGCAGUCACGCAGCCAUUGCCGGAGCCACAGUUCCAAGCGGCAAUCAAUGGCCUGAAGGAGGCUGGUGAAGUGGAGGACCAUUUCGGCAUCGCCCCAGGUAAGUUGGGUGGGUUGGUGGAAAGCAAUCCUGCAGUUGCCACUGAACUACUGGUGAAGUUGAAGGGCACCGCGGAUUUCCCCAAGUAUCUCAACGCACUGCUCGACAUGGAGAUGUCCUUGCAUUCCAUGGAAGUGGUGAACCAACUGCUGUCCGCAGUUUGCCUUCCGCCCGAGUUUGCGCACGCGUACGUGUCGAACUGCAUGGCCAGCUGUGAGAACAUGAAGGACAGGUUCAUGCAGAAUCGCUUGGUGCGCUUGGUCUGCGUGCUCUUCGCCAGCAUGAUCACGCGCAACGCCCUACGGGUGAGUGAAGUGGGCAUCGAGCUCCAGGCGUUUUGCAUCGAGUUCAGCCGAAUUCGAGAGGCUGCACAACUGUUCCGUCUGUUGAAGGCGAGGGAGCGGGAGCCAGGGGACCCCAGGUCCCAAGCAGCUGAAAGCUCAGCAAGUUGA